AUGGUGAUGCCUGGUCUUGGCGUUGCUGUGGUAAUUGUGGUGGUGGUGGUGGUGGUGGUAGCGCUGCGAAUGUCGGCUGAUGAUCGCUCCCGGUGGUCUCCUGUGCAUUCGUCAGUGGGGGCUACCGAUUACCGUGUGAUCGAGCAGGUUCUUGGCUUCUCCUUGAAAAUCGCAAUGGUUUUUUGUUUUGUUGUAGGGUAUGUUGUUAGGUUUCACUACAUUUUUGCAAGAACGGGGCUUUUUUUAUUAAUGAACUACUCACCAUUACGGGGAAGCCUAGUGGCCCAUCUCCUCUAGAU